AUGUCCCCCGAGGAGCUCGCCGCCCUGCUCUGUGGGGAAGGGGAUGAGCGCCUCUCCCUGCAGGAAUUUCCAGCAGCCACAGCUUUUUACCUGGCUGCCUUCAGCUGCUGUGCCCCCACAGCAGUGCAGAGAGUGAACUCCAUGGCCCACGCGCUCUGGGAGAGAGUGGUGGCCACCUUGGAGGCCUGGUGCCAAGGCAAGGCUCAGAUCCCCAAAAUCCAGAGCAGGAACUUGGCCGUGGUGUCCCUCAGCGUGGGAAUAGCUGCGAUUUUCCUCUCCACCCUCAUCCCAAACAACGUGGUGGCCUCAGUGUACGAGCUGGAGGCCCUGCUGAGGCGAGGGUGCUCGGAGGAGGUGGUGAAGAAAUGCAAUUUCCUGCUGGAGGGUAACCCAAGGGGUUCCAUGGAGCUGCUGCUGUUGAGGGCGCUGGCACGGGUGCUCUCAGGGACACAGGUCGGGAAGGGAAUUGUGGAUUAUAUCCAAGCCUUUGCGCUUCACCAAGCUGAGGCAGCAGCCUACGUGUGCAGCAGGCAAAGGGAGCACCUGCCCCAGGUUGUCCAGGCUUUUUCUGAUCAUCUCUCCACGUGCCAUGAGGAAAGCCCAAGCUGCAGCUCCUCAGAGCAGUGGCUGGGUGAGUGCUACAGAUUCCUGGCUGCGGUGGCACCAGGACAUGCCUGGGUGUGCAGGGCACGGGCAGCCCACCUGCGAAAAAAAGGAGAGUUUCAGGAGUGUGUGGCUGUUUGCACCAAGGCUCUUGAGGGAAUCUCAGCUGAGAAUCUCAGAGGUGAGGACGUUCUGGCUCUGCUCCUUGAACGAGCUGCUGGGUAUUUCUUCCUGGGAGGAUGCACGCAGGAAAUGAUGCAGGAUUUAGCAGCAGCCUUUGCAGCAGACCCUGCCCAGGCAAUGAAAUGCUUUGAAGAGCUUUUCUCAGCCUGUGAUGCUGAGAAAAUCGAGGAGCAGGCCAGAGCUGCCCUGGAGGGGAGGUUUGCAGCCUACAGGGAGGCUGUGCGUGCUCGGGCUGAGCUCAGGGGCACCUGUGGCACUGAGCUGCUCCCUCCUGUCAUCCAGACAAUCCAGCUGCUCCUGCACAUCUGCCCAGCGUCCAGCCGGGAGCUCAGGGUCCGGCUGGCAGACUGUCACCUCCUGCAGGGACACCCCAGGGCUGCCCUGGACAUGUGUGAGCAGCUGCUGGCAGCAGAGCAGAGCACUUACCACAACACCCUGCUGGCUCUGCGAGGCUUCUGCUCCCUCCACGCCCAGGACCACCAUGGAGCCCUGCAGGACUUCCAGAGGGUCAUCGAGCACGAGUCCCCACACCCCAGCAGCUGCAUCAAAGCCCUGUGUGGGCGUGGGCUGAUCCGCAUUUCUGGUGGCAGCAAUUACUUGACAGCUCUGGAUUAUAUCACAGCUUGCCAGCUAAAGCUGGAUGAAACCAUCUUCACCAUCAAGUCCUAUGUGCCAUGGAACCAGAGGGGAUUGCUGCUGAAGGUGCUGCAGGAGGAAGGACAGAUGAUGCUCCAGAAGAAGAGGUACCCAGGAGGCAGCUCAGUUUCCUUUCAGAAAAAUCAAACAGAGCUGUGCACAUCCCUAACCUUGAAGGUGUUUUGUUUUGUUGGCUCUUUUUUUUCCCGCUCCAGAGAUGCCCCUGGGGUUUUCCAGCUGGCUUCUCUCUUGGUUGAGCUGGACAGCUCUGACGAGGCAUCCCGGAUCCUGUGUGCUGAUGCCCUGUACCAGAUGGGCCGUGGGGAGGAAGCCCAUGAGAUGCUGUCACUGGCCCUCUCCAGAAACCCCCAGAGGGCUCCUGUGCUGGCCAGGCUGGCCCUGCUGCAGCUCAAGAGGGGCUCUGUGUACGAUGGCAACCAGCUGCUGAGGAGGCUGAUCAGAAUUGGAGACUCCUCCUGCCUCCUGCCAGUGCUGGACAUUUUCCAGGACGAGGACAGAAAGCUGCUGCAGAGCCACUGCCGCUGGCGAGCCCUGGCCAUCCUGAAGGGCAAACAGGAGGCUGCUGCCAUCAGAGAGGCCAUUGCCCACCUGUCCUUUGCCAUCCUUGCUGCAGGUGGUUAUGCUGAGGAUUGCCUCCUCACCAGGGCUCGAUGCUACGGGCGCCUUGGGCAGAUGAAAACUGCAAUUUUUGAUUUUAAUGCUGUCCUGAAGGAGGAUCCCAGCAAUGUGCAAGCUCUGAGUGGCCGAGGGUUUGUUCACCUCGCUCUGAAGCAGCAGAAGGAGGCAGUGCAAGACCUGAUCUCAGCACUGAAGGUGGAGGCAGGAGCGGUGAUCCCAGCAAUCCUGUCCUUGAAGCCUGAAGCCCAGGGCUUGGUCACUGGGUGGCUCCUCCAGCAUGGCAGGGCCACUCUCAGCGAGCUCAUGGCCACCAAAGACGUCCCAGAAGAAACCCUCAGGGACCUUCUCACGAUGGCAAAAGCACUGACCAAAGUCUGCAGGGCUGCACAACAUCACAUCUUCUACACUGAUGUUCUGAUGGCAAAUGGAAGGCACCAGGAGGCCCUCAAGCACCUGCAGGAGGCCUUUGGCCACUGUCCUGCUGAGGACACAGCCAGGGCUCGCCUGGCUGUGCUGCAGCUGCAGGGCAGGAACGUGGCAGGAGCAGCUGCCCCGCUCAGUGCCCUGGCCAGGAGGGAUGAGAAGGAUUUGGCCUUUCUCCUCAACUUUGUAGACACCAAGAAACAGCAGCAUCUCGCUCAGGCAGCAGCCCAGGAAGGGAAGGUGCUGAUGAAGGGCCACAGCCACCAGCAGGCUCUGGGCUACCACAGCCUGGCUGUGCUGGCCAGCAGGGCCAACCCCAGGUACCUGAGGCACAGAGCUGCCUGCCUGAUGCACCUGAAAAAAUACGAUAAAGCUCUGAAAGACAUGGAGAAAGUGAUCCAAGGGCAUGGCUGUAACAGCCCAAAAACCCAGGCUGGGGAUCACUGCUGCCAGGGCUUCCUGCUGCUGGCCCUGGCUCAGGAGGAGGCAGCAGUGCAGCACUACAUGCAAGCCCUGCAGCUGGACGAGCCCCUGGCCCUGGGCACCAUCACUGAGUGCCCUGGCAGGGAAUCUUUAACCCAAACUUUUCACAAAAUUGCACAAUAUAACUUUGAGAAGCAGCGUUAUGAAGAGGCCUGGAAAAUCACGGACUAUGGGCUGAAAAUUGAUAAAAGUUCUGAGCUCCAGAAGCUGAAAGCGAGACUGAAAAGGGAGGCAUCGAGCUGCAGCCUACAUUGAUUGCUCUGUUUGGGGAUUUUCCAGUCUGAUUGCUUUCUGGGAGGCUGCAAGAAUGAAGGAAAGACGAGGAAGAUAAGAAGGAUGAGAUGCUGAUGAUAAAUAUGCAACAGACACUGGACAUGGAGCAGCAAAACAAAACUGGCCAAGAGAGCAAUGAGGAAAAAAAAGCAAAUUGCAGCAUUCAGGAUUCCUUAAAAUUAUUGUGGAUUAUGUAAACUCCCCAUUGUGAAAAAAACCCUUUUUUUUCUGGUUAAACAACAAAUUCUAACACAGGGGUUCCAGUUCUACAGAAAACAUUCAAAUCACUUGUAGUCCAUGAAUAAUAAUCAUGUAUUUCCUAGCUAGCAUUUUAUGAGCUUUAACACUUACUGUUCCAUCAAUUUGCUUUAUUUUUAUGGGCCAGUCAAAAGGAUCAGUCAAAAUAACUCCUGUAAGGUGUUGUGAAGGGUCUUUCUGUUGGUUACCACUGGAAGAAAAUUGAUCCAAUUUUAUUUUUCAGCUUGCAAAUGGAGCCAACAGUUAAGAAUAUAAUUUCAUGCUUGGAAAGAAGCCCUCCCAC